AUGAACAUCUCGGAGCAGAUUUCACUCCUCUUCAGCUGCAACGCCAGCCCAAGUGAAAUGCCAGAACUCGACAUUACAGUCACCCAAAGGGAGCCGCUGACAGUUGCUGUUCCAAUGACCAUUUUCUACAGCAUCAUCUUCUUCUUCGGGGUCCUGUUCAAUGGAAUCAGCAUGCUGACCCUUCUAAUGGAUGCUCAUAUGAGAGUCAGUGCUAUUCGUUUCUACCUGCUCAGCCUGGUUGCUUCAGACAUCCUGCAGCUGUUGACCAUCCCAGUGACUUUGUACCGGUAUUACUGGGAGAGCUAUCCAUGGCGUCUGGGCCGAGCAGUGUGCAAGGUGUACUUCAUGAUCCGCCAGCUGUACUGUGCUACCACAAGCUGGGUCAUUGUGACCUUCACCACUGAGCGCUAUGCAGCCAUCUGCCACACCAUGUGGUCUGUUUCCAGUCUAAAGAGAUUCCGAUUGCCAUGUCUUCUCCUCGUAUGGAUAGUUUCGCUGAUCUCAGCUGUGCCUUUUGCCCUGGUGUAUGACGAGGCUCGAGCCUGCAUCCUGGACUACACAGCCACCACCCUCAAAGAUGCUCUCCACGUCUCCACCAUGUGUGAGAUGACAGAGCCGGACCCGACGCCCGUAUACAAAGGAGCGUUACUCCUGAGAGCAGGGUUCUUCUUUCUGAUACCGAUGGUUUCGAUUUUUACUCUCUAUAUGCUCAUCUUGAUGUACUUGAGGAGAAACGGCCGUCAGAGGAGAAACAUGGGUCUAAUGCGGCCUGACUCAAAUCCAGAGGGAAGACGAGAUAUCCAACACCAUCAGAACGGAAAACUCCUUUUGAAUGAAAAGAGAGCUCUGAAGCUUAUGGGUGCAGUUGUGGUGGCUUUUUUUGUUUGCAAUUUUCCAGACAUUGCCUCAUCUCUGAUGCAGGUCUAUGUGGUAGUGUGGUCGGGCAAAGUCCUCUCUGUCUACACAGUCCUGAAAUCCUAUUUGUCACUUCCUCUGUGGUACAUCAACGGCGCUCUCGAUCCCUUCCUGUUCUGUAUUUCUUCCCAUACAUUUCGAAGAGCAUGCUGGAGAACUCUGGGCAGGCUCAGGCCUCGCUGCAAUUGGAAGUUUGGGAAGGUGCCUUGGCUGAGGCAGAGAAGUUCAACAGAGGAAUCGAACGAAACCGUUAGAGAGAGGAUUGAUGGUAAAGCAACCAGAGAAACGACUGGAAAGAUAAAGAUUACAGUCACAAAUCUGUCAGACCAGAGAAAUGUGGGUGUACCUGAAAACCUCUGUCAACAUGAACAAAGCCUACAAAUAUUGUGA